AUGGCUUUGCAGCGUAGCUACCUCCUGAGCUGGCUCACAGCCUUGGCCGCUGCCACUCGCUGUCCUAACCCCGAGGAGAUCACAGCGAACUUGACGGUGGGCUACGAUGAAUUUGCACAUCCCGGUCAACUGACCGGGGAACCCGUGCAGGUGGAAAUCAUGCUCUUCGUGGCCUCCAUCGUGCAAGUGAAUCAAAAAGACCAGCAGCUGGCGAUGGAGGGCUACUACCGAAGUGCGUGGACCGAUCCCCGGCUGAAUCUGACGCAGUGGCCGGGCUGCGAGGCGCUGAUCAUCCCCACGAAGUCCUGGCCGUUCUGGCAGCCGGACAUUUACUUCGACAAUUCGGUGAAGGAAUGGUAUGGUGCCGGUGGCUUGACCAUCUCUCCCAACGGAUAUGUCUACAGAUCCGAGCGCUUUUCACAUGUCUUUGGCUGUCCCAUGAGCUAUUCCACCCUGCCAUUCGACAAGCAGACUUGCGUGGUGAGGAUGUCCUCCUAUGCCUAUGACGUGUCCAACGUGGCGGCAAACAUUUUUCAGGCUGGUGGAGUCGACCUGCCCGCGGACUACAAGGGCACCACGGAGUUUGCUUUGCGGCCGCCCUACUCGCGGGUGCAAACGGAGUACUAUGGUGUGGGCGCCAACCAGAAAGGCUACAAUUUCGUUCUCCUCUACUUCGAACUCCAAAGAAUGCCGGACUCCUUCAUGAUGUUUGUGUUCGUGACAUGCAUCCUCUUCACCUUCGUCAGCUGGAGCGGGCUCUUCAUCAAUCGCACUGUGGCGCCCGCGCGCGUGGCCAUCGCGGUGAUUCCGGUGCUCAUCAUGCUGAACCUGGAGAACAACGUGAUCAGCAACCUGCCUCCCUUAAACUACCUCACGUGGAUCACCAGCUAUUUGCUCCUGAUGAAGUUCUUCUGCUUGAGCGCCGUCUUCGAGUACGGCCUGGUGAGCUUCCUGAUUCAGCUGGAGACCUCCCGCGAGCGUCAAUUCGAGGCCUUUAAGCACCUAGCAGAGACGGUCAAGAAGAAGGCCAAGGAGGAUCACGGAGGUGUGAGCAAGGAGCACAGCGGCAAAAACAUGGUGAGUGCCGCACCGAAGAUCUACCCCUCACGGGGGAUCUAUCCGGGCGAAGGCUUUGAGGGUGUGCCACCUCCGCCCAAUCCCGGUUGGGAGGUGACUGAACCUGAUGGCGAGGAAGAUGCGGAGGAGAUCGACCUGCAGAAGAAAUUCCAUCAGGUCUACCGGCUGUUCGACCGGGACAACUCAGGGGAACUCAGCUGGAAGGAGGUGCAGGCAGGCUUCCGCAGACUGGGCCAGUAUUGGUCCAGGGAUCAAGUGAUGGAGCUCUUCUACGGUUUGGGUAUCGUGGGGAAGGGGAAGCGGAUGACCACCGCUGACUUCAAACGCUUCAUGAUGGACAUCCAGAAGUAUUUGCCCGGAAAGGCCAUGAACAUUACCUUUGGCGAGCGACCGCCCUCCUACCAGGUGGACUUGGUCUUCCGAUGGGCCUACAUCUCAGGUGUCCUUCUGGUGACCUUCAUCUAUUUGAUCUCGUCGAUCUGA